GCCAACUCGCGUGAAGGUGGCGACCAGCCCAGCCGCGCAUCACAAGCCCGUCGCGACAGACCAGAACCGACCCCCGCAGGGCCCCUGCCAAGCCUGCGGGGCACGCCGGCAGCCCCCCGCCAAGGCGCGGGGCCGCGCCAUUCAGUCAAUUGAAACCGCGACGCGCAGCGCAGGCCCUCCCCCGCCCCUCUUUCACCUACGACCACCAUACUAUCGACCAUGUACACCGGGGAGGCCUCUUUGCAAGUGGAGCUGCGCGGCGAGGACCGCUCGUCGCGGGAGGAGAUGAGGGCUGCCCAGCAGGGAUCGGGCACGGCGCGCCCCCGCGGGGCCAUGCUGCCGCCCCGCGCGCUGCUCGUGGCGCUGUCGGUCCUCGCGUGCCCCCAGGCGGCGCGCGCGGAUAUCUUCGAGGAUGAGGAUGGGGAGUGGCACAUCGGGACGGGCGCGGUCGCGGGGAUCAUCGUCGGCGCCGUGUUCUUCGUCAUUCUCUUUGUUGGUGGUAUAAUUUACCGCCAGCGCCGGGCACGUCGCGCAGCAGGCGGGCUUCCCUUCACCGGGCAGCCGCCAUACGCCUCGCAGGUCCCGGCGCCCUCGCCUCUCUAUACCCCACGCGCGGACGGGGGCUUUGGCGGUCAUCCGUAUCCGCAAUCAUUUGGGGCGCAGCAAUCGCCCGCAUUCGGUGCAACCCCGAUGUUCGGGGCUCCUCCGAUGUACGAGAAUGGCGCGUAUGGGGGCUACGGGCCGGACAAGUCGGGCGCGUUUGUUUCUGACGCGGGCGUCCCGGGGUCGGCAUAUCCUCCGGCGGCGCAUCUGGCGGACAAGUAAUCUCAUGUUCAGCCAAGUGACGGAGUGCCUGCGACCGAGGGGCACCUGUUAGGCCGGGCGCCUGACCACUUCACCUUCACCCACAACGGUGCCCCCGUGUCUGCCUCCUCCCGUCUUUCAUCCUGCUCUCCCUAUCUUCUCAUGUCCGCUUUCUCGUCUCGCGCAUCAAUCAUCGCUUCACUGCAUCGCAUCCUCAAUCACACACAUCAUGGUCUUCCCCCCUACCUCGCUACCUCGCUAUCCCACACCCUACCCUUCAUCCUACUACCCGGACCACGCAUCUGACCGCCUGGUGCAUACCUCAAAUGGACUUGUA